GGCCCCGCCCAGGGAGAGGCGGGCCGGGCGGGGCCGGGCGUAUUUGAGGCGCGGAGCCGCCGCCCGCCCUCGGACCGCACGCCGGCGCCAGGAGGACCCCCGGAGCCCGCGAGCGAGCGCCGAGGCGAGGGGAAAAUGGCAGACAGUUUUUCGCUUAAUGAUGCCUUAUCUGGGUCUGGAAACCCAAAUUCCCAGGGAUGGCCUGGUCCAUGGGGAAACCAGCCGGCUGGGGCAGGGGGCUACCCAGGGGCCUCCUAUCCUGGAGCCUACCCCGGACAGGCACCUCCUGGAGCCUACCCUGGACAGGUACCUCCGAGCACCUACCCUGGACAGGCACCUCCAGGAACCUACCCUGGCCCAACAGCACCUGCUUACCCUGGACCGGGACCCUACCCCGGGCAACCAAGUGGGCCUGGGACCUACCCGCCUCCUGGACAGCCAAGUGCUCCUGGAGCCUACCCUGGUGCCAGCCCCUUUGGUAUUCCUGCUGGACCACUGACGGUGCCUUAUGACCUGCCUUUGCCUGGGGGAGUCAUGCCUCGCAUGCUAAUAACAAUUCUGGGCACAGUGAAGCCCAGUGCCAACAGACUUGCUUUAGAUUUCAAGAGAGGAAAUGAUGUUGCCUUCCACUUUAACCCACGCUUCAAUGAGGACAACAGGAGGGUCAUUGUUUGCAAUACAAAGCUGGAUAAUACCUGGGGAAAGGAAGAAAGACAGUCUGUGUUCCCAUUUGAAAUUGGUAAACCAUUCAAAAUACAAGUACUGGUUGAAUCUGACCACUUCAAGGUUGCAGUUAAUGAUGCUCACUUGUUGCAGUACAAUCAUCGGAUGAAAAAUAUCAAGGAAAUCAGCACACUGGGAAUUUCUGGUGACAUAAAUCUCACCAGUGCUUCAUAUACUAUGAUAUAAUCCUAAAGGGGCAGAUAUGAAAAAGAAAAAAAACCAAAACUAAAUAUAAACGUUAUGCAUUUGAAAGUUCCAUGUUCUCUAUGAUGGAAAAAUUUACCUUUAUUCAACACUGUCCUUGUAAAUCAUCCAUUUAAUAAAUAUUCUAAGGUUA